AUGACGGCAGGAAGGCAACGAGUUUCCGGGCUGGAAAUCGGCGAAGCCGCGUGGACGCAGACCCUCGUCCUCAUGCAGACCCUUGCCCGCAUCGUCUGGACGCCAUGCUUCCAUCUUUACGGGGCAAUCCAGAGACAAAUAUUUGGUUUUGAAAACUCUCAAAAACCCAAGACGUCCUGCAGUUCUGCACCAACUUCUUCCACCGUCACGAAGCUGGAAUCUAAUAACGCUGCCACUGCUCCAGAGAGACUUCCCCCAAACAUCGGAAUGGAGGACGACAACCCGUCCGAUACAGAGUCAUCCCCUGAAACGAAAAUCCAAUCUGCUAAAAAUAUCCGUUGGGAGACACAGGCCAAAGUCACGCUUGAUAACAAAGUGCUUUACGUCCUAACAGCGCGCAUUGCGGCCCUGCCAUGUCUUGUCAAUCACCUUCUCAACACUUCUUUCUGGAAGAGGAGCGAAUACCACUGCUUGGAUCCUAAAUAUGCAAAGGUUUUCCAAUAUCUUACCGGCGAAGGACUCAAUCCCCAGGAUGAGCUGAAGGGCGUCAUAUUUCUUUACACCUUCGGAAGAAAGAUGAAAUGGGUUAAAAUCAGCGAAGAUACUUGCACUUGGAUACUUGAACAUUGGCCGGGAGAUGUUGAUAAAUCCGUUUUUGGCAGCGCCCUCAUCCAAGCGAGAGAAACGAAUGACCGAAACAUGUACUGUUUCUUCAAGGCAAAGCUCGGCUUUCCGUUCGAUAUUCUUCCUCAGGCUGAACAGCCCUACGGAAACUAAGUUUGAGAUAUGAUGGCUCCAUAUGGAACCUUCAUAGCUAGUUAGACGUAAUAUCCGAACUUGUUACAAUCGUCGCAAACAACCGCAUUCUAAUACGACCUUUCCUUUUUUCGAACGUGCAAAUAUUAAUAAGCUUUUCAUAUUCAAGGUCUCUUUUUCAAGUGGGUAGUCCGAAGCUUAUUCGGAACGGACCGAAGUCAUGAUUGAUCGAUAAUGCUCAAAGUGGUGGAGGAAGCCGGAGCAGAAGGCAAGCGGGUUCUUGGACGCCAUCCAGGCAUCACACUAGGGUCAUGUUGGCUCCUAAAACAUGAGACGCCAUAAUGCUUCCCGAAUGCGUUUGAAAGGGUGGUAUUCGCAGAAUGGCUCCUGAGGCGGCACAGAAGUCUCUAUUCCCCAGUGUAGUUCG